GAUAAAUGCGUAGUAAAUGCUCAGCAACAAUCAGACUAUAAUUCAAUCGAAUUUUUUUUAAAUACUCAAUUUAAUAUCAAGUAUUUACUUUUAUUUACCGGUUUAUUCAUUGAGCGCAAACAUAUUCAUAGAACUUUAUUUCUAAUCCAUUAAUUGGAAUGUGAUUAUGAGUAAUUGAUAUUGAACAUAAUAGAAUCUGAUUAUGAAUUCUCUAAACAUCGGCACGAACUUCACUAGAGAAGAAUUUUUGUAUCAUAUUCUUCAAUGGGAUCCAAAGUUAGUUUUGGAUGAUGAUAAUAACGAUAACAAUAUAUUGUCCAAUGAUGACAUACCAUUUAAACUGAUAUCCCCAUCGUCAUCUUAUGAUACCUUUGACAAUUAUUACAAAGUUCAAUUAUCAGUUCUUUUGCACGAAUUUUGGUAUAAAUUGAGAAGAAUCAAUGAAGACAAUAAAAAAUCCGAAAAUAAGGAUUCUGUAUUGAGAUUGUUUGUAUAUGAACAUUCUCUUAAAUACAAACGAGUGAAUUCCAAGGAUGAUCUGCUUCUUUGUUUAAAAGUACAUACUUCAUUGCCUGUUGAUCCUGAAGUAGAAGUAAAUCCUCCAAAAUGUGAAAGUUUUGUAAGAUUUACCAAUAAAUUGAACGAUAAUAAUCAACAAUUUGGAUUUUUGUCGUCAUAUAUUAAAAGAGAAAGAACUGAUGAAAUUGAGUUGACUUAUCAAUUAGUGACCAAAUAUUCAACAUUUGAUAAGAUACCAGCGUCAAUUAGUGUAGAAACAAUUUGGGGGAUAUCACCAUAUUUAAAAUUGAUCGAUUCAUUGAUAAAUCUUCCUAAUUCUCCACUAUGUGAUGCCAUUUUAAAGCCUAGUAUCAAUGAUUAUGAAUUUUCAAUAAUUAAUAAUGAUGAUAAAUUUGAAAUAGUUACAGCGGAUAAUUUGAAUCAAAAACAAUUAGAGAUUGUAGGAAAAAUUGUUAAAACAGUUGAGGACAAGAAAACUGGAAUUUAUAUGGUAUCAGGGCCUGCAGGAACUGGAAAAACAAAAGUUAUUGUUAAUAGUGUUCUAACUAUGAUACAUAGAAAGAGUACUGAACAAAUGCUAAUUUGCGCUCAUUCUAAUUUAGCAAUUGACUCAAUUGUCCUGCAACUGCUAAAAGAACAAUCGCGACUCAAAAACCAGGGAAUCGAGUUCACUAUAGUUCGCAUUGGUAUUACAGAAAGUAUGAAUGAAUCGGUUCGACAAGUGUCAAUUUCACGGUUUUCGUCUAAAAUGCGUCGAGAUGAAAAAAGCAGUUUGUUAAAACAAUACAAUAUAAUCGCUGGGACUUUGUCAUCUUAUCAGAGUUAUUUCAUGCAAUCCUACAUCAAAUAUAUGAAAAUACCAAUUUGCAUUAUUGACGAGGCGCCUCAAGCUAGUGAAUGUCAUUCAUUCCUACCUUUGAUGCUCGGUGUAAAAACUUUAAUUCUCGUUGGUGAUUCCAAGCUACUUUGGCCAAAAUUUUAUUCUGAGGGAAUAAAAAACAAUGAUUUAGAUCAAUCACUAUUUGCUAGAGCUGAAAAAAUAUUUAAAGGUACAGAAAAAAAUCCAAUUCUUUCGUUAGACGUUCAAUAUCGUAUGGAUGAAUCAAUUGCACAGUGGCCGAAUAAAUUUUUUUACAAAGGAGCCUUAAAGAACAGUGUUCCUGUAGAAACAACUUGUUUCUAUAAAUACAGAGUUCUCAAUCAUUCAUGUCUUGAAGUAUCAGAUGAUUAUUAUUUAAACGUCGGAGAAGCUAAACUAGUCGUCAAUGUGGCUUAUACUUUAAUGACACAAAUAAAUUUAGAGAAAGUAAAUUCUACAAUUACUAUAGGUAUUAUUUCGCUUACGGUACAACAGGAUUUAAUAACUGAGUUACUCGAAAAAAGAACUAAAUAUGUUUGCACAGAACGUAAAGAAAAAAUAAAUGUCUGUGAAGUAAAAAUAGUGGAUCAUUUUCAAAGUAUAGAGUGCGAUAUUAUUAUAAUGUCCUGCGUUCGUAGUUACGACGUAAAUUACAUUGACGUUCCAAGCAGGCUUUGUGCUAGUUUGACGAGAGCCAAAAAAAGUAUGAUAAUUUGCGGUAAUUUUGAAAAAUAUGAGGAGAAUAUCAUGUGGAAGGAUCUUUUGAAUGAUGCAAAAGAACGCAAUGCUUUUAUUAAUCUUGACCAUGAUACGUAUGAUAAACCUAAAACCUUAAAGCCGUACUUAAUUAUUUAAGCACUCAUUUGACUGUUCUAAGUACUUUACUAAAUAUCUAAUAAUUAUUUCGGUAUUUACAUUUAAUUAAGUAAAAGUCAUAUACAUUUUUUAUAGUAAAACCUAUUUUUAUUAUAUUUUACAUGUGUCGAGAACCUUUUGCGUAAGCAAGUUUGUUAUAGAAUCUUUAUAAAUUAUUGUUUAUAACAGAUGUGAUAACUGAGUAUUCAAAUGAUCAUAUAAUGAUAUAAAAACUAUAAAAGUAAUUAAAUGUUAAGUAAAAUAGAACUUUUAGUGAUAAAGAUUCGGAAAGACAAAACCUGUUAAAUAAUAUGAAUAUUUUUUAAAUAUAAAAAAGUAUACAUUCUUUUUAUCAAAAAAAGUAAUAAAUAUCGAUUAUGAUUGCAUAUAAUAAUUCAUAGCGCGAUGAAAGAUAAAAAAUACCCGAAAAAUAGAUUAUUUUUUUUACCCAUUCGGUUUCUACGCCACUUUAAUCAAACUAUCAAUGUAAUGUGUGUUGAUGGAAAAAAGACAACAAUCACGAAAAUCAGACAUAAAAUCUAACGACGUUUUCGUGCUACUUAUUAGUAUUUACCAUGACACUGUAAAGUAAACCCAUUGUUAAAUUUAUUUAUAAAAUCCAAAUCGAGCAAUGGAGCGAAUAAAUUUGAAUAAAUUAAAAAAAAAUUCAAAUUAUAACAAAGUUGACUCAGUAUAUUACAAAUAUUUUACAUUUAUUCAUCAAAUAUUUUUAAAAGCAAUUGGACUCUCGCCCUGGACGAUUGACACUUCCGGGAUCUGUAAAAAUCAACGACUCAAAAAUCAUAAUUUCGAAUGUUAUUUUUCCCGCGCCGGAUCUUGUUAUAAUGUUUUAUUAUUUAUAACAUAUAUUUGUUUUGGUAUUUUUAUUGUACUCAACAUAUCGUCAACUAAAAUCGAUUCCCGUCCAAUAUUAGAUGCAGUUGCAGUUAAACUUUCAUUCAUCGCAACACUUUGUAUAAGUUUGAUACCGCUUAUUUAUAUUUUCCAACAAAAAUUGAUAAUAAGCGUAAACAGGCGAUUUAAAAAUGUCGACCAGAAAUUAAACAAAUGUGCAGAUUACAAAAUGGCAAAUGAUAAUACAAAUUAUUUUAUAUUUACUAUUAAUUUAGCCAUAACGUCAUGCUUAAUAAUAAUGAGGGAAAUCUAUUAUAUGUCAGUGGAAAUUGUAUUUGCCAUAAGUAUCCCAUACUUUAUCAGCAGUUGGGUGAUAAUACAGUACGCGAUUCUCAUAAAUAUGUUGAAAAAACGGUUCAAAAGUAUUAACAUGACAAUUUCAAAACUGGGUACAAUGGAAAGUAAAAUACCGCUGUCACGUUACUCGGUUCUCAAUGAUAUUUCGAGUAUCAAAUACGCGUAUGUUGAAUUGUGUGAAAUGUGCGACGAUGCAACAGAUUUUUAUGGGUUGCCGCUUUUGAUUGUCAUCAUUAUGUUUGCUAUUAGAACUCUGUUGAAUUUGUAUUACAUAAUUAUAGCUCUGAUUGACAAACAAAAAAUUGACACCGGUGAAUAUUUGUCGGGAUUGUUCAUAUUAGGAAGUAUAUUUUUAUUUAUAACAUUAACUACUGUUGUCACUCAAUUAAUAAAACAG